AUAAUAUUUAAUAAUAAACAGGACUCAAACCCAAAAACGGUUGCAAAUCAUCACACGGACUGAAAGAUAGACGAUCCUCAAUUUUUUUUGUUAUCAUUUUAUAUUUUCAAAUGUUCUCACUUUUGGUUCUUCUUUAUUCAUCAUCAUUAUAAUUUUAUUUUAUUUUAUUUUUUUCCUAUUCAAUUGCUUGUGAGAAUUACCAAUAGCAAGGAGAAAAAAGAAAGAAAGAGCGUGAAGGACACCUGCCAAAAAUAAAAGGCUAAAAGCUUAAAACCCGUUUUCCAACUUCAAUUAGUUGGUCUGUGAAUUUUGGGUAAGGUUUGUGAUAUUGGGAAGUGGGUUUGGUUCAUAAUUGGGAGAGAAAAGUGGUUGCAGGAGAGGUGGAUGUUGAGAAUUUUGAGUAGGUAUAAGUUGGAAUUUGUGAAGAAUUUGCUAUGGAUUGGCUAUGCUGUUUUUCCUACUCUAAGCUCAUCAAAGAGUCUGUUAAGGCAUGGAUUCAAAUUGUGCAGACUAUUUCUUCAAUUCAUUUGAGCUUUCUGCAUCUAGCGCUGGUAAGGGAAAAAGCCAUGGGGGGCUAAUCAAGUAUGGUUUCAGCCUGAUAAAGGGGAAAGCAAAUCAUCCAAUGGAAGAUUAUCAUGUUGCCAAGUUUGUUAAGAUCCAGGGACAUGAAUUAGGGCUAUUUGCCAUUUAUGAUGGACAUUUGGGGGAUAGCGUUCCAGGUUACCUGCAGAAGCAUUUGUUUGCAAAUAUUCUAAAGGAGGAUGGGUUUUGGGUUGACCCUAACAGAUCUAUCUCAAAAGCCUAUGAGAGGACAGACCAGGCAAUUCUCUCAAACAGUUCUGCCUUGGGCCGUGGUGGGUCCACUGCUGUAACUGCAAUUCUGAUAAAUGGUCAAAAGUUAUGGGUGGCCAAUGUUGGAGAUUCACGAGCGGUUCUUUCAAGAGGGGGUCAGGCUAUACAGAUGUCAAUAGAUCAUGAGCCCAAUACUGAACGAGGCAGCAUCGAGAACAAAGGUGGCUUCGUCUCAAACAUGCCAGGAGAUGUUCCUAGAGUGAAUGGGCAACUAGCAGUUUCUCGUGCUUUUGGGGACAAGAGCCUUAAAUUACAUUUGCGAUCAGACCCAGACAUACAGGAUACUAUUGUUGAUGCCAACACUGAUAUUCUUAUACUUGCAAGUGAUGGACUCUGGAAGGUUAUGGCUAAUCAAGAGGCAAUUGAUAUUGCACGAAAGAUCAAAGACCCAAUGAAGGCAGCUAAGCAUUUAACAAAUGAAGCAGUGAAAAGGGAUAGUAAAGAUGAUAUAUCAUGUGUUGUUGUUAGAUUUAGGGGAUGAUACAUUUGCUUUCAAGGUGCAGUAUAUAUACCCACAAUAAGAGUUCCCCUACACAUGAUUCCAAUUAGUGGAUGUAUUAGGCUUUACAUCCUAUGCAUUAUAUCGGACCAAUUUUCAUUUGAUGCUGCAGCAGGAUAUAUUUCAAUUUGCCCGAGGAGAAGAAAAAGGUCAUAGGAGCAUAGAAAAAAAGGAAUGGUUCCUCCAUUGUAAAUUAAAUUUCUUGAUUAGGUUGUGGUGUUGAUAUUGUUUGAAUUCUUUCCGAAAGCGAGUUAGGCGGUGAUGAUGAUGAUGUAUAUUUUGUGUUUUACUUUGCAAAAAUGACCAAGCCGCAGUUUACGAUUGUGAUUGAAGAAAUGCUUCUGGCCGGACAAACUCAGGUUGUCACUGGCCCUGCCUAGUAUUUUACUUUUACAGUAUCAAAUUAUUUUAUAAAUGUUUACAAGUGCAACAUGCUGGUUGUAUUUAAGUGCUUGGUUCUUAUUUCUUAUUGUUA